AACACUUACUUCCAAUAUGGCGGACAUGAUGAACCUGUUGUAACUAGUUUACUGUCAAAUAUGAUUUGAUUUAUUUUAAAGGGUAAAAUGGCAGAAGAAAAAGAUACCGUUAAGGAAAAAGAUUUACAACUAUCAACAAAUGAUAGUUCUAUUGAGGAUAAAAAAGAUGGAGGCAAUACAGGAAGUACAAAGGAUCCAACAAAAGAUGAUGGUGACAAGCAAGUAGGUGCUGGAAAUGAGACAUCACACGAUUUACAGUCGACUGAUAGUGGUAUAGCAUCUAGUGAGGAAAGUUUAGAAAAUGGAGAAACACAACAUCCUGACUCUGCUGAUGGAGCUGAAAACCAGGAAACACAAGACAAGGCUGUAGAUGAUGAUGAUGAGGAGGUAGAUUUAGGCGACCUGACACAACUUGACAGUGAUAGUAGAAAUGCAUUGUUUGAGAGAGGCCUUACUUAUGACAAAGACGGCAAGAAGAACUGUGCCCUGAAGUGUUACAUGGGCUGUUUAAAGAACCUCCAGUCUGACAGCCGCUUUCCAUUGCUGCCACAGUGCCUACGAAAUAUUGCUGAUCUAUUUUACCAAAAAGAUGAAUUGGACAAGGCCGUCCACUUUAUACAAGCUGAGAAAGUGUACUACGAGACUGCCUUAAUAGACACGACGGAAAUUCAGGCAAGACUAGAAGAAGCUGAGAAGACGACAGAAAGUGGAGAGAAAAUGGACCAGAAUAUGGACACUGUCCGGGCUGAAGAAUAUGAGCAUCUGGCAAAACUGUGUUUGGAUAAGGAUCAACCACAACUGGCUUUGGAAUAUGCAGGCAAGGCAACAAAGAUACGCCAGCAGUUGUUAGGUGACAGCCAUCCUGUCACGGUACAGAGUCUGGACUUCUUUGCAUCAGUGUACGCUAAAGUGGGCCAGGAACAGUACCAAGAGUCUAUGAAGAAACUCAGUGGUAGUGAGGGGGAUGAGAAUAAUGAAAACAACGACGCCACAUCACCUGUGUCUAUACUUCGCAAAAGAAAGACAGGGGAAAAGGAAGAGAAGAAGGUCCGAUUUGAUGAAUCUCUAGUCCAGAAUCAGGAGCAGGAUCAAGAAUCGGACGAAACAUUGGCGAAGAAUGUAUUGUGGGCACUACUGAUAAUCUGCUGUGUACUACUUGUGGUGUUGGCCUCCUAUCUGUACUGCAAACUCAAUCCAAACUCUGUCACCUGUGGCAGCAUCCGUACCAGUAUCUACUAUACCUACAUGAGAAUGAAGUAUUUCUACUACCACUACAGCAGUUCUGCUGAAGGCACCAAGUACACCUAGAUUCUUCUCUCAACAAAAUACAUUGAAGCUGUAGGGUUCUUCAAAUAAGUUAUAAUUAUAACUUAAACUGUAUUCUUCACCUAUCAGGACACAUGUAAUAAAACAUUGAAUAUAACACUGACUUCACUAAAUAUUGACCCAUACUGUAUUGGUCAUCCGCUGGACAUGACAGAUCAUGACGUAGAUGUUAGGUGUUCUAUUGAUCCUAUCACAGCCAUCUUGUGCUGUUUUACAAUGAAUUAUGAAUGUAUGUGGUGGGAUCCAUGUGUCCCUAACAUCCAUGGUCAUACAACAUGUCUAGGGUGUGUGGUACAUGUGUAGCAAGAUAGAUGACUAUAGCAUGUGUGUAGGGUGUGUGGUACAUGUGUACCGAGUAUACAUAGUUGUACAAUGUAUGUGGGGUACAUGUGUACCGAGUAUACAUAGUUGUACAAUGUAUGUGGGGUACAUGUGUACCGAGUAUACAUAGUUGUACAAUGUAUGUGGGGUACAUGUGUACCGAGUAUACAUAGUUGUACAAUGUAUAUGGGGUACAUGUGUACCCAGUAUACAUAGUUGUACAAUGUAUGUGGGGUACAUGUGUACCCAGUAUACAUAGUUGUACAAUGUAUGUGGGGUACAUGUGUACCGAGUAUACAUAGUUGUACAAUGUAUGUGGGGUACAUGUGUACCGAGUAUACAUAGUUGUACAAUGUAUGUGGGGUACAUGUGUACCGAGUAUACAUAGUUGUACAAUGUAUGUGGGGUACAUGUGUACCGAGUAUACAUAGUUGUACAAUGUAUGUGGGGUACAUGUGUACCCAGUAUACAUAGUUGUACAAUGUAUGUGGGGUACAUGUGUACCCAGUAUACAUAGUUGUACAAUGUAUGUGUGGUACAUGUGUACCCAGUAUACAUAGUUGUACAAUGUAUGUGGGGUACGUGUGUACCAGUUAUAUACAUAGUUGUACAAUAUAUAUGUAAGGUGUGAAGUACAUGUGUACCCAGUAUACAUAGUUGUACAAUGUAUGUGGGGUACAUGUGUACCAGGUAUACAUAGUUGUACAAUGUAUGUGGGGUGUGAAGUAUGCGUGUACAAGUUACAUUGUUGUAUGAUUUAUUAAUGGUACAUUUGUGCUCAUUUGAUAGAGCUUUGUAAUUUUUUAACGUCCAUAUUUAUUUUAAUUCAUGGAUGAUUAUCUAUGAAAUGUCUGUUAUCUAUUGUAUAAUGCUGUUGACAAUAAUUAGAUAAUUGUUUAAUAUUUUGUUUACAUACUGUUGAUCGGUAUGCUUUUGAAAUGAUUGAGUGCAAUUAUUUCCUAUAAGUUGUAUUUAUAAAUUGUAAUUGUAACAGAUGGCCCAGAUUUAUAAUGUGAUAUGAAUCUGAUAUUUAUUGAUUACGAGUCCCACUGACCCUUAUAUUGUUUACAGAAGGGUUUGUGUGUUGAUUUAGGAGAUACUGGUUACGCAGAUGUUGAUUGUUAGAUUUAAGAAGAUACAUUUGUCAAGCAUUUUUAAAAUGUAUUUAUAUGAGGUGACAAGUGCACUUUCUCACAAGCGUUGACAUCAAGACACUUUCCUACCUGUGGGUGGUAGCAAUAGUCUUGUUGAAGUUUGAUUCAUAUUAUUCGAAAUUUUUUAUCUGAUCUUAUGAAGACUUGUGUGUAUGAAUAGCAAUAUGGAUUGAAAUUGGGAUGAGGAAAUGAUCGCACUACUAAUGAUUUCUGCUACAUAGAUUGUAUAAGGGUUAUCUCCCUUACAAUGCUCCAUACUAAACCAUGUGAUUAUGUGAUAUUUUACAAUGGAGAUAUUGUUUUGAUUCUGUAUAUAAAAUUUACUGUAGUUAGGAACAAUACUAUUGUGUUACAUUUAUAUCUGAGAACACUUACAAACUUUUUGAUCUAGGUAAAAAUAAUACAGUAAAUCCACAGACUUAUAUUGUAAGAGUAGGUAUAGAUCUACAAUUAUUAAUACAAGUCUGUGGUAAAACUUAAAGUUCACUUACAUUCAUUUAUUAAUAAAAAUAAUAAGAACUAUGUCAUAUAGUCUGUGAUACAUAAAUUUUGCUUGUUUUAUUCGUAAAAGUUCCUUUAGAUAUCACAGUUAUUUUCAAUGUAGAAUAUAUAUGUUCAUUUGUCAUUGUGAUCAUGCUGUUUUAAUUGUAUGUUAGACAAGUAGACUGACUAUAUAGAGGCUCUCACUCUAUACGUUACCUAGGAAUACUGUCUGGGGAAUAUCGAGUGUCUCCUUACCUAGGAAUACUGUCUGGGGAAUAUCGAGUGUCUCUUUACCUAGGAAUACUGUCUGGGGAAUAUCGAGUGUCUCUUUACCUAGGAAUACUGUCUGGGGAAUAUCGAGUGUCUCUUUACCUAGGAAUACUGUCUGGGGAAUAUCGAGUGUCUCCUUACCUAGGAAUACUGUCUGGGGAAUAUCGAGUGUCUCUUUACCUAGGAAUACUGUCUGGGGAAUAUCGAGUGUCUCUUUACCUAGGAAUACUGUCUGGGGAAUAUCGAGUGUCUCCUUACCUAGGAAUACUGUCUGGGGAAUAUCGAGUGUCUCCUUACCUAGGAAUACUGUCUGGGGAAUAUCGAGUGUCUCCUUACCUAGGAAUACUGUCUGGGGAAUAUCGAGUGUCUCCUUACCUAGGAAUACUGUCUGGGGAAUAUCGAGUGUCUCUUUACCUAGGAAUACUGUCUGGGGAAUAUCGAGUGUCUCUUUACCUAGGAAUACUGUCUGGGGAAUAUCGAGUGUCUCUUUACCUAGGAAUACUGUCUGGGGAAUAUCGAGUGUCUCCUUACCUAGGAAUACUGUCUGGGGAAUAUCGAGUGUCUCUUUACCUAGGAAUACUGUCUGGGGAAUAUCGAGUGUCUCUUUACCUAGGAAUACUGUCUGGGGAAUAUCGAGUGUCUCCUUACCUAGGAAUACUGUCUGGGGAAUAUCGAGUGUCUCUUUACCUAGGAAUACUGUCUGGGGAAUAUCGAGUGUCUCUUUACCUAGGAAUACUGUCUGGGGAAUAUCGAGUGUCUCUUUACCUAGGAAUACUGUCUGGGGAAUAUCGAGUGUCUCCUUACCUAGGAAUACUGUCUGGGGAAUAUCGAGUGUCUCUUUACCUAGGAAUACUGUCUGGGGAAUAUCGAGUGUCUCCUUACCUAGGAAUACUGUCUGGGGAAUAUCGAGUGUCUCUUUACCUAGGAAUACUGUCUGGGGAAUAUCGAGUGUCUCCUUACCUGGGAAUACUAUCUGGGGAUUAUCGAGUGUCUCCUUAUCUGACUGUGUAUAACAAGAUUUACAACCAUACUGCUUAUAUACCUGACAACCCUCCAUUUUGGGGGUAGCUUUUAUCAUUAAAACACUUUUGAUUGUC